CGAUGACAGGACAGAAAAAGGUUCACAGCCUCCAAGAACUCGUCCGACUGCCAUCUGUGCAAGAACAUUUUCAUUAACAUCUCUGGUGCAUCUCUGCCUCCUCUCGGAUCUCCACCAUGAAGAUGCAGGCUUUGGGAUUUUUCACACUGGCUCUCAUAUUUGCAAAGACUCAAGGACAAAUCAGCACUGCUGCUACAACUACAUCUACAUUCUCGACAACAACUGCCCCCCUAACAACUACAUCUACUCCGUCUACCACUUCAACAGCUGCCCCUCCAACAACUACAUCUACUUUGCCGUCCACUACAACAACUGCCCCCCCAACGACUACAUCUACUUCGCCAUCCACUACAACAACUGCCCCCCCAACGACUACAUCUACUUCGCCGUCCACUACAACAACUGCCCCCCCAACGACUACAUCUACUUUGCCAACCACUACAACAACUGCCCCUCUGACCAUCACCACCACCGCCACUGCUUCGACCAUUUUGGAAAGUGCUACGACCAAAUCUCCAACCACUACAACAACUGCCCCCCAAACAACUACAUCUACUUCGCCAUCCACGACUAGAACAGCCCCAACGACCACCACAGCGACCACCAAAACGGCCGUCCCAUCCGGCACAACUACGACCAAAUCUCCAACCACCACAACAACUGGGACAACGACAACAACAACCACCCAAACCACCACCGCGCCCAAUGGAGGCUCAGGAGUCAAAGCCUCUCUGCUGUUGCCUCUGGGGACUUUGUUGCUCUACAAGCUCUGCCCCUGAGCGGUAAAUAGCAAGACUCUCCUCAAGGAAAAAAACGAUCUUGCUCUUUAACGUGUGUGAGUCUAAACAAAAGUUAACGUGAACUGAAUGUGCGUGUCCUCCAGUGAAGACACUAGUUUAGAAUGGACCUAAAACCUUUUUAAUGUACUGUAUGUUUAACACUUGCUAGUUGUUCUUAAAUAUACAACGUUUAUUGAUGAAAUGAAGGCAUUUGACAAAUCUGGUGGUUCAAAGGAGCAUGCUAUUUAACGUAAUGGAUCUGAACUUCAUGUGGCAUCAGGAAUGACUUGUUAUUGAUAAAGUGAUGUAAUGAUUGAGGCUACAGAUACUUGUUGGAGGGGACACAGCUUUUUUUGUAAUUAUUUUGUGUGUAAAGGCUGAAAAGAAUGAAUACACAUUAUUAGGAUAUUAACAUUUCUUUAAAAUCAAAACAUGAAUGAAAGAACAAUAUUCUAAUAAAAAGUAAUAUGAAACAAUUA